AUGAGCUGUUUUCAACUCCCAAAGAAAAUGUGCCAGAACCUAACUUCGAUCUUGUCGAACUUCUGGUGGGGUGCAGCAAAUGGAGAGAGGAAAGUGCAUUGGCUUGCUUGGCACAAGAUGUGUAAGGCGAAGAAGGAAGGAGGGAUGGGUUUCAGAGAUCCAAAGGCUUUUAACCAAGCGUUGUUGGCUAAACAAGUUUGGCGUAUUUUACUGUACCCAUCCUCGUUAGGUGCUAGGGUCCUCAAAGCCCGGUAUUUUCCGGAGGGGUCCAUCAUGAACACCACAUGCCCGAGCAGGGGAUCCUUAACUUUUCGAAGCAUCAUUCACGGAAGAGAGCUGCUACGGGAAGGUGUGGUUUGGAGAAUAGGAGAUGGCACUACUGUUAAUGUACAUCAUGAUAGCUGGAUUCCUAGACAGGGGAGUCUCAAGACGCUUGCGCAAUAG